AUGGUGGAGUACCAAGAAGCCCACAGCAUCUCGCGGCUGAUUGGCCCGCCGCCGGGGUACAUGGGCAACGACGAGGGCGGGCAGCUGACGGAGGCGGUGCGGCAGAAGCCCCACAGUGUUGUGUUAUUUGACGAAGUCGAAAACGCCCACAAAAACUUGUGGUCUUUGCUGCUGCCGAUGCUGGACGAGGGCCACCUGACGGACACGAAGAGCGUGCGAGUGGACUUCACGAACACAAUUAUAAUUAUGACUUCCAACAUUGGACAACAGUUUAUUCUGGAAGGCUACAGAGAAGCAAGACAGAUGGCGGAGGGGGCAGUGGCCCCUUUGGCGCAUUUCAACAAAGACAAAAACAGCCUGGAGAAGUUCGCGCUGGCCAAGGCAGGAGCAGCAGCAGCAGCAGCAGCAGCAGCAAACAGCCAGGAAGCCAAAGACAAGAAGCCUUCUGCUGCGCAGGCCGUCAGCAAGAAAAAAAACGAACAGUGGAACUUGGGAAACUCUCCCAAAGAAGUGCUCGCCAAAAUGCGGCAAAAAGUCAUGCAGGAAGUCCUCGGCUACUUCAAACCCCAAGUCAUUGGCCGCAUGACCAAGAUUGUCAUUUUCGAGCCUUUGACGGACAGCGCAAUGCGGGGAGUUCUGGACUUGAUGUUCACUCAUUUGACGAAAGAAUUGAAAAAAAGAGGAAUUACUUUGGUGGUUUCGGACUCUGCAAAAGGAUUUAUUCUGGAGAGAGCCUGGUCGCACAAGUUCGGCGGCCGGCGGAUGGCGAAGUACAUCGAGAAGUACGUCACUGCCAAAAUCGCUCCACUUAUUCUUUCUGCAAAACUCAAAAGAGGCCACAAGGCCGAACUCAAGCGGGCCCCCAACCAGCCCAACCAGCUCAACCUCAUCAUCUGCGAAGAAGACGAAAACGGGGGCUGCGUGCCCGGCACCAAACACGGGCGGGUGCUGGUGGUGCAGGCGGCGAAGGCAGCGGUGGCGGACGGGGAGGAAGAAGACCCCAUGAUUUGA